UUUUUCUCUUUCACUUAACAAUUCAUAUCUACCAACUCAGUCGUCAUCUUAUGCACUAAUUUCUAGUAGCCAACAAAGAAUUUGAAUAUAACUAAUUAUUCAGUUCUAUUUGGCAAGUAUAUCGCUAUGGAGACAACACAUCCGCUUCCAUUUCUCAUCUCCGUACCAGUCCCUCCUAGUUGGGCAUCGAGCGAGGAGGCGCAAGGUCUAAGUCAAGAGGAAGUGGCAUGUUUAGGUUGCGUCUUCUUCGAAGUGACUCAGAAAAACUUUCAAGAGCUCCUUCAUAACCUUCACCACUUCGAUGCCGCAACUCUUCAUACUGUCUUCGACGCCACCGGCCUCGAAUCGAAAGAUGAUGUCGUCACGCUACUAGACCAUGGCGCCCGAAAAGUUUUUGUUCAGCCCGAGAGGCUGCUGGAUUUUACAGAGUUUGGUAGAAGAGUUGCCCCGGCGAUAACAAAUAUAAACCAGUUGUCUUAUGGGACGGAGCAUGGGCUACUCCUGAAGGACUUCGACCAACGAAGCUGCGAUGUGUCUGGUUUUAUGGAGUCGAGCAAGACUACUAAGAUGCCACCCCUAUAUAUCAAACCCAUCCAAGAUACUAUCUAUGACCAUUUUGUCGACAUAUGUUCGCAGCUAUCUGCUAUUCCCAUUAUCCCAUCCACGGAAUUAACAACCAAGAAAGAAGAGGCGGAUAAGAAGAUCUUCGUUGCAAAACUGUUUUCCAUCGCGUGGAAGUCGGAUAGGCAGGACAAGCUUCUACCUACAGUUGUUUGCGACGAAGCAGGAAUGGCACUUGGUUUAGUUUAUAGUAGCGAAGAGAGCAUUGCCGAAUCGCUAAGGACUAAGACGGGUGUCUACCAGAGCCGGAAACGAGGGCUCUGGUACAAAGGUGCUACGUCUGGUGACACUCAGGAGCUGCUGAGAAUAUCGUUAGACUGCGACAACGAUGCCUUAAGGUUCGUAGUAAGGCAGACAGGAAAGUUUUGUCACCUCGACCAAUACGGAUGUUUUGGCGAUCUGAAGGGAAUUCCAAAGCUCGAGAAAACGUUACUGUCGAGGAAGCGAUCAGCUCCCGAAGGCUCGUAUACCAAACGACUUUUUUCGGAUGAGAAGCUACUUCGCGCGAAGAUCAUGGAGGAAGCAGAAGAACUAUGCGAUGCGCAGACUCCAGACGAGGUUGCAUUCGAGGCGGCUGAUCUAAUCUACUUCGCCUUAACAAAAGCUAUUAGCGCUGGAGUAAGACUUUCGGACAUUGAGAAGAACCUAGAUGCCAAGAGCUUGAAGGUCAAAAGAAGGCCAGGACACGCAAAGGGACAGUGGGCUAAGAAAGAAGGAAUUGCAAACGGCACUGCGGAGAAGGCUAAGGAGGCCGCACCCGCUGUUGCAGCUCACACCGCGCCAGAUGCUGACAGGAUUACCCUAAAGAGGGUAGAUGUCAGUAAGGUCAACGCAAUUGAAGUCUCGGAAGCAUUAAAGAGACCAUCCCAGAAAUCAGCUGAUGCAAUCCUGAAUAUUGUUACUCCUAUCAUCAAUGAUGUUCGAAUGCAUGGAGAUAAGGCCCUGCUCUCUUACACGCACAAGUUUGAAAAGGCAACCUCCUUAACUUCGCCUGUUCUCAAAGCCCCGUUCCCGCAGUCACUCAUGAAUCUCCCGCCUGAGACUGUCAAAGCCAUUGACGUCUCCUUCGAGAAUAUCCACAAGUUCCACGCUGCUCAGAAAGAACAACCCCUGAAGGUGGAAACCAUGCCGGGAGUUGUUUGUAGUAGAUUCUCUAGACCUAUUGAACGAGUUGGACUUUAUGUGCCUGGAGGAACUGCCGUCUUGCCCAGUACCGCACUUAUGCUUGGUGUUCCAGCCAUGGUUGCUGGCUGCAAGAAAAUUGUUAUUGCGUCUCCGCCGCGUUCCGAUGGUAGCAUUACACCAGAGAUUGUGUACGUCGCCCACAAGGUCGGCGCCGAAAGCAUUGUCUUAGCCGGCGGCGCGCAAGCUGUUGCAGCAAUGGCGUACGGUACGGAAAGUGUCAGCAAAGUAGACAAGAUUCUCGGUCCCGGAAACCAGUUCGUGACUGCUGCCAAGAUGUUCGUCAGCAACGAUACCAACGCCGGUGUUAGUAUCGAUAUGCCAGCUGGCCCGUCUGAAGUUCUCGUAGUGGCGGACAAGGAUGCCAAUCCGGCUUUCGUGGCUUCGGAUCUUUUAUCUCAAGCCGAACACGGUGUGGAUAGCCAGGUUGUUUUGAUUGCAAUUGACCUCAACGAGCAGCAAUUGCAAGCGAUCGAAGACGAAGUCCACAAGCAGGCCAUGGCUUUACCGCGAGUGGAUAUCGUCAGAGGUGCUAUCAGUCACUCUGUCACAUUUGUCGUCAAAGACGUAGAAGAGGCGAUGAGGAUUAGCAACGAGUAUGGACCCGAGCACUUGAUUCUACAGAUCAAGAAUGCCGAGCAGGUAGUAGAUCAGGUCAUGAACGCAGGCAGUGUGUUCAUUGGACAAUGGACUCCCGAAAGCGUGGGCGACUACUCCGCCGGAGUCAACCAUUCGCUACCUACAUAUGGCUAUGCCAAGCAAUACUCGGGAGUCAACCUAGGCUCGUUCGUCAAGCAUAUCACAAGCUCGAACUUAACCGCCGAGGGCCUUCGGAAUGUGGGAGAUGCAGUUAUGCAGCUAGCCAAGGUGGAAGAACUUGAAGCCCACAGGAGAGCCGUGAGCAUCCGUCUCGGCACCUUAACUGGAUCUCAGAUAUAAGCCAAAUUUCGCUAUACUGUAAGGCGUUGGUAGUGAUGUGAGAGGUACUUCUAAGCA